UCAAAGGAAAUAAAUGGCGGCAAACUGCUAUUAGUGAGACACUUGUGUGUUAUGAGUCACUGGUUUGGCAGGUGGAGGCAGUUAAUGAAGCUCUGAGUUCUACAUUUUCUGCAGAGUGCAUGGAAACUUCCUCUUAUCUGAGCUCCUGCUGUUUUCCAUGUUUCAGUGAAGUGAGACCUGCACACAAAGCAGCACUGCAGAAAUGAGCCAGACAGCUGAGGAUCUGCUCAUCAUCUAUGAGACCGAGGCAAAGCAAUGGGCGACCUACCUGCAGUCCCUUUUCACCGGUUCCAUCUCAGAGGCCGGGAUCUGCUGCUACGACAUCGCCACGGUGUCCAGCCGGAGGGACGACUUCCUCAGGCUGUCCCGCUACACCUGCAAGCUGCUGAUCCUUUCUAAAGGCAUGCUGGAGAGCUUCUGCCCGAUGCGACGCUUCUUCCUGGCCCGGGUUUUGAGCCCGGCAGCCCAUGUGGUGGUGCUGCUGUGCGGGGUGGAUUCUCUGACCCCUCUGCUGGAGCUGGUGCCCCUCAACGGCGACGAGUGCCUGCAGAUCUCCAGCGAACAAGAUGCUGCAGAGUACCUGUCCACUGUGACCGACAUUGUGAGAAAAGGUGUAUCAGCCUCCGCAGCAAAUGCCAACCUCUUGACACGUAGACCAUCAGGAUCAGAGCAGAAGGCGGAACAAACACAGUCGACUGGAACUGACAGUGCCAGAUCCAGCAUAAUGGUCAUUCCUCCCAGAGUUCCCUGCGGGAGCUCCGCGGAGGUUUUCAUUCUUUUGAGGAAUGAGGCGGCCGCUAGCAACGCUGAGGUUGAAUUUAGUGGCGAAAACCAGAUGCUGAGACUGAAGCCUGUCCGCUGGAACGAGCGAAUCCUGUGUGUCAGUGCUCCAGAUUUUCCAGCAGGGAAUGUAAAAGUGACUGUUUUUAGUGGUGGAGUGGCCCUGAAAAGCACACAGUUGCAGUACUACAGCAGCAUGGAGGAGAUCACCUGCCUUCUGUUGAGGGUAGCAGACCCUGUAGAUUUCAUGUGUCAGGCUCUUCAGGUGUCCUCUGUGGACAAGCUGGAUGAGAAGUUGGCCUCCAUGCUGUUGGAGGUGAUGCCCACCGGAGGCUUUCAGGGACUGCAGAGUGAAAACACACCUGAAAGAGAGCUCCAUCAUGCAGAUGUCCCCUCACUCCUUCACUUCGCUGCUCAGUAUGGAUUCAGGAGCGUCUCCAGCCUCCUACUGCAGUGUCCAGGUGCUGACCGAGCAUUGCACACGGCCAAUCGCCACGGACAGACUCCCACUGAGAUUGCCAAGAGCCACGGCCACACAGAGCUUCACGUCUUACUGAAAGAGACGCUGAAUAUGUUGAACUCAGGCGAGGACAAUGGUGAUUCCAGUGUCUACGAAAUGAUGUGCAACGCAGGGAAUCUCUCCAUCACAGAUGUACAGAAACAGCAAGGCGGCGAGGAUAAAGAGGGGGAGGAUGAGGAUCUGUACGCGCCACUGGGGAUGAAUGAUGAAUAUGACACCUUCCUGAACUCCACAAAAGCGGUGCUCGUUGCCAAUCGCCCACCAGCACCCACACCUCGGCCCGAGAGCACCCAGGUGAAGGAGAGCGGAACCCCGUACAUCGCUCAAGUGUUCCAGCAGAAGACGCUACAGAGUGAUGCUGAUCUCUAUUCACUUCCCACUAAACAAGCACGCGGUCGGGAAGACAGAAAAAGUUCCACCUAUGACACCUUUGAGCCGAACAGAGUUCGGCAGCUCGUUGAGCAGAGAAGGAAGUCAGGUUUACUCACCGUGGAUGGUGCUGCUGAGAGGACCGUGGACGGCAGGCAGCAGGAGAAGUUGAGUCAUCUGAGAGCCAGUAUCAUCAACAACAGAGCGGAUGAUGACAGUGUAUAUGAUAAAAUCAACAUCGUUCAUCAGGCGCCAAGUGUUGCGGUGAAUGAAAGUCGGAGAGGAAGCCAACCAGCGGAGUCGGAUUUUUACAGCAAGCCACUGAAAGGACAGCAGUCAUAUUUCUUUCGGAAAGCCGACAAACGAUGAAGGCUCCAUCACCCAACAAAGAUCCCAUUACUUCACCAAAUGUACCACAUCUAAUCUGAUUAAAUAACAAAAUGUGUUCCUUUUAAAACUUGUAUUAUUAUCUUUGUUUUAUUUUUCAGCCUAUUAAGAAGCAAAAUGAUAAAUGUUGAUGAUAAACUUACAUGUAAAAUGCAGCAUAUGGAUACAAAUGCACUUUUUCAGCACCUUUCAAUCCUAAUUUUGUGAAAUGGGUGUCUACUGCUACUACUUUCUGUAAUUUCGAAGAUUAAACUACCUAAAAAGGGUUCUUUUUUAUCUCUAUGCUGAGCUUUUUAAUAUUUACAGCAAUUUUAAAGUGAAUCAGGAUUUAAAAAGUCGAGCAGAAUAAAAUCUAUGUCAUUUUACCUGGCAAGAUUGAUUGUCACGUGUCAGUGCUCAAGGGAAAAUAAAUAAAUUCUCCAAGAAUUUACCCUCAAGAGGGCGCCAUAUCUCUAAAUAUACCCAUCACAGGGCUGGGGCUGAAAAAACCGAGACAUCUGGUGAGCACAGAAGCACCUGCUGACCUCCUGUUGGCUGGGAGGCAAGCAAUGGAAAAAAACUGCAUCCAUACAUGUUUGAGAAUGUAAACGGAAAGUAAAAACGCUCACGCAGAAGGUGAGAACAUCAG